AACCAGCCCACCAACCACUACUCCACUAGUCCACCUCCGGCCACCGAGCAAGCCCCGCCCGCGUCCCGGCCCAAGUGCCACUGGCCCCAGCAACCCCCGCCACCUUAGCGCGCCCGACGGCAGGCAUGUCUGUCGCCUCCUCCCACCACCUGCGGCCGUCGCCGUCGCCGGCAGCGGCCGGCCCGGCGCGGCGCCCGGGCUGCGCCGCGGCGCCACGCGUGUCGCUCUGGCCAGCCGGUGCCUCGCCCCCGUACCGCGGCCGCUGCACCGUCGUGGCGGCGGCUGCGCCUGCCGCGGGCGCCGGCGGAGGCGAGGCAGCCUCGGCCCCCGCUGCUGUGUCGGCGGUCGCCCCCGCGGCCGCCGCCGCUAGGGACAAGGUGCGGCGCCACACGAUUUCGGUGUUCGUCGGGGACGAAAGCGGCAUGAUCAACCGCAUCGCCGGGGUCUUCGCCAGGAGAGGCUACAACAUCGAGUCGCUCGCCGUGGGGCUCAACAAGGACAAGGCCCUCUUCACCAUUGUCGUCUCCGGGACCGACAGGGUGCUCAACCAAGUCAUCGAGCAGCUCAAUAAGCUUGUCAACGUCCUUAGUGUCGAAGAUCUAUCUAAAGAACCUCAGGUUGAAAGAGAGCUGAUGCUUAUAAAACUAAACGUUGAACCUGAUCAGCGCCCUGAGGUCAUGGUUUUAGUUGAUAUUUUCAGAGCAAAAGUUGUUGAUAUAUCUGAGAAAACACUUACCAUAGAGGUAGCUGGAGAUCCUGGCAAAAUUGCUGCAGUGCAGCGGAAUCUAAGGAAAUUCGGAAUCAAAGAAAUUUGCAGGACAGGAAAAAUUGCUUUGAGACGUGAAAAGAUUGGUGCAACAGCCCGUUUCUGGCAAUUUUCUGCUGCUUCUUACCCAGACCUUAUAGAGGCAUUGCCGAAAAAUCCAAUUACAUCUGUAAAUAGGACAGUGAAUGGCAGUUUUGAUCAACCAUCCAAUGCUGGGGGUGAUGUCUAUCCUGUGGAAUCUUACGAGAGCUUAUCAGCAAACCAUGUACUUGAUGCUCAUUGGGGUGUUCUGGAUGAUGAUGAUGAUGCAACUGGACUUCGCUCGCAUACCCUCUCCAUUCUUGUGAAUGACUGUCCUGGUGUCCUCAACAUUGUAACAGGAGUCUUUGCUCGCAGGGGCUACAAUAUACAGAGCCUUGCUGUUGGCCCAGCUGAGAAGGAAGGCAUUUCGCGUAUUACAACAGUUGUUCCUGGUACUGUUGAAUCCAUUGAGAAGUUAGUUCAGCAGCUUUACAAGCUUGUUGAUGUGCAUGAAGUUCAUGACAUUACUCCCUCACCUUUUGCUGAAAGGGAACUGAUGCUUAUUAAGGUUUCUGUAAACACUGCUGCUCGGAGGGAAAUCCUAGAUAUUGCCGAAAUCUUCCGAGCAAAACCUGUUGAUGUUUCUGACCAUACAGUAACGCUUCAGCUUACUGGAGAUUUUGACAAGAUGGUUGCACUACAAAGGUUAUUGGAGCCAUAUGGCAUCUGCGAGGUCGCCAGAACUGGACGAGUGGCACUGGUCCGCGAAUCGAAGGUCGACUCCAAGUACCUCCGCGGCUACUCUCUUCCAUUGUAGCCUGGCAUUUGUGAUGGUGAUGGCCUGAUGAAGAGCUUGGUUGGUUGUUAUAGAGUAGACCAUCUGGCGCUGGGUUGUGUUGUGCAGUUACAGGACUUGUUUCUUUCAUGUCGUGAACUCCCUCGCCUGCGUGUCCAAUAAUGUUCUCCCCGGUAAUAUGCGUGUUGAGGUUGCAUGUGUAUCCCAACGACUGUCAGAAUAAGAUGCAUAUACCUGUUUGCUUCAGCGGAGAGAGAUGCCAAUCGUUUGAAACG